AAAAAGAUGUCCUACUCAGUGCGAACCAAUAACAGGUGCAUCGUGUUCUAAACAGCUGCACAGCUUGUGUCAGUGCUUCUUGGAGUGUGCAUCUACACAAGACAGGGGCGCACUCCUCCAUAACAUUUGGAGAAAAACAAGGAAUCAUGAGGAAUGCUGCACUUCUUCUCAUGCUCGUCAUAUUCGCACCGAUUGAUGAAGUCUCAAGUUUCGCUUUUGGCGCAUUCUUGGCAAGGUUGAUGGUGAGACUGCCGCAAUUGCUGAGGCCGGCCCUCAGGAUUGCGGGACACAUGGGACAUUACGCGGCUGAUAUAACUGAAGUGGCGCUCGACAUUCACAGGAAAGCUGAAGAACUGGAACUGCCGGAUGUGUAUGGCAUAGCCAUGGCGCCCCCACCAGGACCCCAUGAUCUUUUACAUAACCCAAACGAUGACAUAACAGGAUAUACUGGGCCCGGCAUUGCAGGUGUUCCUGAAUUCUCCGCCAACAGCUCAACACUUAUAACUUGCGGCAAAUGCCACUGCACAUUUCCCUGGCAAGCUAAAUUUUACGGCGAUAAAGUUGGCUGUACAUCUGACGUCAAAAAGUUCAGCUGCACGUGUACACACAAAAGCUGCAAUACCGGAAAGCUGGUGAAGUGCCUAAAUAACUUGGCAAAAGGGAAGUGUGUGUCAUAUCGGUACCACAUUGACUGCUUGGUUUCAAAUAAAAACACUGGUUGA